AUGAACUUCUCCGUCGCCGAAUCAGCCUUGCAAAAGCCCGACCUCUGCCUAACCUUCACACUCCGGUCAGAUCGCGUCCUCGGCGAUAAAGACAUCGGCUACGUCUCCGUCCCGCUGCCAGACCUCCUCGCCGGCAACACCACCUCCGAACGCGUCGUCGAGUACCCGGUCCAGAAACCCCCCAAAGAGCCUAAAGGUACAUUGAAAUUCUCGUACAAGUUCGAUGGGAAGUUUACGCAGCCGCAUACUGCGGCGCCAGCGAAAGCUCAUGAGACUGUGACGGCGUAUCCACCGUCUGUUGAUUCAAGUAAGGCCGGUGCGGCGGCGCCGGCGAAGGGUCAGGAGCCUGUGACGGCGCAUCCACCAAAUAUCAGUGUGAGCACCACUGUCGCGCAGCCUGCUGGGGUGGCGAUGGCGUAUCCACCGCCACCUUAUACUUAUCCACCGCAGCAAGCAGCGGGGGGUUACGGAUAUCCGCCACCGCCGCAGGCGUAUCCGGUGUCGGCGAUGGCGGGAUAUGGGUAUCCACAACCACAAGUGCAGAAACCUAAGAAAAAAAAGGAUUAG